AUGUCCGAGGCGUACCUCGCACACAGGAUCAUCCGUCGCAUUGCCAGCUGGGCAGUAGUGUCGUUCUUCACCGAGAUUCACGUCAUCGGCAGCGAGAACGUACCGCGAGAUGGACCCAUUAUUGCGACCGCAACGCACCAUAAUAUGAUGCUGGACCCAGCAAUCCUGUCAUGCGCCUUCCCGCACUUGAGGGUACUGCACUAUUGGGCAAAAGCGUCCCUUUUCGCGAACCCCGUCAUGAAGUAUAUCCUCACGUCUGCGGGUAAUAUUCCCGUCGACCGGAAGGCCUCAGACAAGCAAUUGCUCUUCCGGGGGACGUUCCGAACUCUAGCUGCUGGGGAAGCGGUGGCUCUGUUUCCGGAAGGCACUAGUUAUACCGAGCCGCACAUUAUGCAGGUGAAGGACGGUGCAGCGUGGGCAGCUCUGGAGUACACGAAAUGGGUGAAGGAGAACCCAGACAAGGUGAAGAAAGGGGCCGAGAACGUCAUGAUCAUCCCAGCAGCGAUCGUGUAUACGAAUAAGUCGAAGUAUCGCAGCCAGGCGAUUAUGGAGUUCGGACAACCUAUCAGGAUGGACGAUUAUAUGGGCCAAUUCAUAUCCGAACAAGAGGGCGCACCUCGUGCUGCAGUCAAGCGUUUAACGGCGGCGAUUGAGAGAGAGCUCACGCAGCUGACGAUUAACGCGCCGGAUUGGGACACGCUCUACGCGGCUCGGAUGGCACGGGACCUUCUGUGGCCAGAAGAAAGGUCUAUCAACCUGGACGACUUCGUCGCCAUCUCUCAGACCCUUGUCGACCUCUUCUCCACAUCUGACCUCGUCCCGAACAUCAACGCGAUCAGGCGCCAUCUGCUCACAUACUACUCCCUGCUCCAGACCACGCACCUCACGAACGCAGUCCUGUCUUCCCUGCCACUGCCAGCCACGCUCGAUCCACGACAACCUGUGCCGCUUCCGAGCCGCCUGUACACGCUGGUCAUCCUCGUCCGGGACACGCUCUCCCUGCUCGUGCGGCUUCCGUUCUCUAUCGUGCCCAUCGUAAUACAUGCGCCUGCCUACGUUAUGGGGCGCGUGGGUGCGGGCCUUGUCGAAGACGAGGAAGAGACCCAGGCGCAGAACAAAGUGGUAUUCGGCCUCCUGCUGCUGUUCAUGAUCUACCCAGCCGCGUUUUUCGCCGUCUGGGCGUUCCUGCAAUACACGCCCGUCGGCGCGGUCGUCGCAGUCGGCUUCGUCUUCCUCUUCGCGCUCUACCACAACAAGCUCAUCAACGACAACUACGAGCGCGCCAAGCGUCUCGUGGCCGCCUGGCGCAUCCUCGUCGGCAUGUGGGCGCCGCGCAGGUGGGACCUCUCCCUCUCCGCCGUCGCGCAGUACACCGUCCCGCGGAUCCCGCCCGAGAACCCGUGGGUCGACCGCGCGCGCGCCAAGAAGACGUCCCGCCCGGCCACCCCGGGCCCCCACAGCGGCUCCGAGUCCGCAUCCGAGUCCUCCGCGGCCCCUGCCCAGGCGCAGGCGCAGGACGCGGCGGAACGCUCCCCGUCCCCCGCGCCGUCUGCGUCCUCCGCCAAGUCGAGCAAGCGCCGCCGCCCGCCGACGCGCCGCGUCGUGCGCCAUAUCCUGCGUGCGCGCGUCGAGGCCGCGAAGGCCCUCGCGAGCCUGCUCGCGCAGCUGGAGCGUGCCCCGGAGACGAAGCGUGUCUGCGCGAGCGUGCAUCUCGCACGCGCGUACGGCGGGUCGGUCGACACGCCCGCUGCGCCUGCCCCGACGGCGGAUGGCGUACAGACAGUGCCCGAGCCGACUGGGUGGCGCAGCGCGCGCGAGGUCGUUGCGUUCCUGCGCAAGCGCGGCGCGAAGAUCACUACGCUCGAGGACAGAGUCGAGGGCGACUGGGCGGCGCUGAGCAGCGAUGGCGAGGACAGCGAGCCGGUCACGUCCGACAAGACUGAACUUGAGUGGGUCCCGCCCAGCCGCGACUGA